AUGAGUCUGGGCUACGCUGAGCGACUGUCAUGGCGAGACGAUCUCGGCGGGCAGCUUGGUGCUCCGGAGACAAUUGAGUCCCAGGAAGAGCUGGAGGCCCAUGCCAAGGAAGUGGCCCGGCUCAUUCGGGAAUCACGCAGCACCGUCGCGUUCACAGGAGCCGGCAUCUCGACGGCGUGCGGCAUCCCGGACUUCCGCGGUCCGAACGGCAUCUGGACCCUCCAGCAGCAGGGCAAGCCGCUGCCGAAAUGCGCCGUGACGUUCGAGUUUGCCAAACCCUCAUUGACGCACAUGGCGCUCCUGGGCCUCAUGCGCGCGGGGAAACUGGACUACCUCGUGAGCCAGAACGUGGACGGCAUGCACCUCAGGUCGGGCGUGGACCGGGCGAGGCUCGCGGAGCUGCACGGCAACGUGUUCAGCGAACGCUGCCCAAAGUGCGAGCGCAUGUACUACCGCGACUUCGACGUGGGCACCGUGGGGUUCCGUGGCACGGGCCGCAGCUGCGCAAGCGAGGGCUGCAGGGGGCGCCUGCGCGACCACGUCCUCGACUGGGACCAGCCGCUCCCGGACGACGAGCUCGACGAAUCCGAGGCGCGCGCGCAGCGGGCGGACCUCUCCAUCACGCUGGGCACGUCCCUGCAAAUAGCGCCCGCGAACGACAUACCGGUGAUGACGGCGCGCGCGGGGGGCUCCCUGGUGAUCGUGAACCUGCAGAAGACGCCGAUGGACGCGUUUGCGUCGCUGAUAUGCCGGGCGCGGGCGGACGACUUGAUGCGGGUGGUGAUGCGGGAGCUGGGCGUGCCGGUGCCGCCGUUCGAGCGCUGGGACGCGGUCGUGGUGACGGCGACGUGGGAGACGUCGGCGAUGGAGACGCGCGGAACGUACAGGGCGGCGCCGCGGAAGAAGCGGAAGACGUCCGGGGGAGCGGGCAAGGGGGGGGAGUCCGAGGUGAUGACGAUGCGCGUGCGAGUGAGCAGCGUGCACGGGCCGGAGUGCCCCGUGCCGAUGUGCGAGGAGGUGUCGUUCAACAUCGCGCGCGGUGACGACACGGUCGCGGUGCGGUGCGCGAAGUGGCCUGUGGAGGUGUCGCGGAGGAUCGAACGCGGGGAGCUGGGGGGCUCGCGCGGCGAGACGGAGGCGGAGGAGGGCGACGAGAGGAAACCGGUGCCGGGCGACAACGGCGAAAAGAUGAACGGUGGUAUAAAUAUGGCGGACUUCGUUUUGGAGCUCAAGAUGUGUUCCUCCGCCGACGAGACGCGCAGGCGGUGCACGGUGCGCGGCGCGCUCGGCUGGGACCUGGACGGCUGCUCGGGAGCGGUGCGCAGCGUGGACGGGGCGGAGGCGCGCCUGGGCGACGUGCAGCGCGUGCCACAUGGAUGGAGUCAGACCCUGCGCGUCCUGACUCAGGUGGCCACGUACGAGUGA